GAGCAGCAGCGAGGCAGCCGCCAGCUGGUCCCCAGCGCCCGGUGCUGCGUCUGGCCAGGCGGGCGGCGAGCGGAGCUCCCCAGCGAGCGGACACGGGCCCAGGCAGGUUUCUCCUGCGUGCCCGGCCGGACUGUGGGGCGAGCGGCCCCGCCGGAGCGCGGCACGUAACCGGGCAGCCCUUCAGGCCCAGCCCAGUGGCGCUGGGGCCGUUCCGCCUUCCGCGGGGUCGCCCGGGCAGUAACCGCCGCCCAGGGGGUCUCCGGCCCCGCCCACGCCUGCCGAGGGGGACGCGCGAGCAGCCGAACCCCGCGCCAGGGAACGGACCCGACGCGGCGCGCGGCACGAGGGGGAACGAGACAGGGCAGCGCGUACGCGUAACCUGAGCCGCUCACUCAACCGCCGCCCAACCCGGCGCGUGGCCUGUGUAUGCCGCUAGGGGACUGGGCUCGCGGCUCCUGUGCCCAUUGGCUCAGAGUCAACCUGUGACAUUCCACUACAUCCUGAUUGGCUGGCCGGCCGGCCAGGUCUGGACUCCGCCGGUCCCGCUGUGAUUGUGAACAAAGCCGGAAGACGAAAGAGUGACGGGGCCGCGCUGAGGGACGGGCCGCUGCAGGACCAGGAAGCUGCAAUGGAGAAUGAGCUGCUGAUGGCCUUUCUUUUGUCAUUUUCCAUAUUGUUCUGCGAAAGUCACCGUCAUGAAGUAGAGCUAGCUACUAUUGCACAGACCUCUGAGACAUUCAUUCUAGAUAAGGCAGCUGGUAUCAACACUGAAUUGGCAACACUUAUGCAGAAGCAUCACCUUCAGGAACUUUUCCAUCGUUAUGGGGAGAACAGUACUUUGACUAUUGAAGGAUUUAGAAAGUUGCUGCAAAACAUAGGAAUAGAUAAAGUGAAAAGGGUCACUGUUGGCCACGAUCAUGAUCACCAUCUUCAUCAUAACCAUGUUAUGCUAAGCAAAAACUUUGAGAGAACAGAUUGCCCAAAUCAUGAAUCUGGUGGUGUAAAUAAAGGUCCUAGUAAUGGUCAGGCAAAGGAAUUACAAAGAGUAGAAAAUGCUGAGCACAAGCAGAACUUGAUAAGCAACAAAAACACUGUUAUGGGAAUAACUGCAUCUAGCAACAUCACUGCUACAGAUGGCAAUCCUGUAUUACAGAAUUCAGAAAUCAGAGCAGUGAAGCCUGUUGUUCAUACAAGUCUAACCAGCCCCAGUGCCAUGAAUGUUACAGAAAGCAGCAGUGUGAGUUUACUUGUUAAUGGAAAAGCUAAUGAAUCACUUCUUUCCCUAAGGGAAUCUGAAAGAGGGAGUUACAUGUAUUCUAAAUUUAAAAACCAAAAUACACAAGAGUGCUUGAAUGUAUCAAAACUGAUGAUGUCUCAUGGAAUAAGUACACAAGUAUUGUUGACUGCUACAGAAUUCAGCUAUCUUUGUCCAGCAAUUAUUAACCAGAUUGAUGGCAAAUUCUGCAUAAUGCAUGCAGCUAGUGAAAAGGCUGAAAGCCCUUCAAAAAACAAUUCUUUGCAAAUAGCUUGGAUUGGUGGUUUUAUAUCAAUCUCCAUCAUCAGUUUUCUUUCUUUAUUGGGUGUUAUAUUGAUACCUCUGAUGAAUCGUGUAUUUUUCAAGUUUCUUCUAAGUUUCCUUGUGUCACUGGCUGUUGGGACUCUGAGCGGAGAUGCUUUUUUACAUCUCCUUCCACAUUCUCAUGGAAAUCAUCACCAUCACCACGAGAAACCUUUACUUGAACAAAAUGAAGAUGCCCUGUUCAAGCAUCUUGUCUUUCAAAGUGUAGAAGAAACUGCUUAUUUGGAUUCCACAUGGAAGGGACUGACAGCCCUUGGAGGCCUGUAUUUCAUGUUUCUAGCUGAGCAUUUGAUCACUUUAAUUAAGCAGUUUAAAGACAAGAAGAAAAAGAAAAAAAAUGAAGAUGCAGAAACUAAGAAGUUUUCAACAAAUGAAGAAAAAUUAGAUGCAGAUUAUCGGCCUGAAGGUUACCUAGGGUCUGAGUCACAAGAUCCAUCACACUUCAUUUCUCAGCAACCUGUGGUACAGGAAGAAGAAGAAGUCAUGAUAGCUCAUUCCCAUCAAGAGGAAGCUGACAAUGAAUAUGUAUCCAGGGGGUGUAGAAAUAAAUGUCAUUCACAUUUACAUGACACUCUUGGACAGUCAGAUCAUCUGAGUCACCAUCAUCAUGACUACCAUCACAUUCUGCAUCACCAUCAUACCCAGAACCAUCAUCCACACAGCCACAGUCAGCGCUACUCUCGCGAAGAGCUGAAGGAUGCUGGGAUUGCUACUCUAGCCUGGAUGGUGAUUAUGGGUGAUGGACUACACAACUUCAGUGAUGGCUUAGCAAUUGGUGCAGCCUUUACUGAAGGUUUAUCUAGUGGAUUAAGUACUUCUGUGGCUGUAUUUUGUCAUGAAUUACCCCAUGAGUUAGGAGAUUUUGCUGUACUUCUAAAAGCUGGCAUGACUGUCAAACAAGCUGUUCUUUAUAAUGCUCUGUCAGCUAUGCUAGCAUAUCUUGGAAUGGCAACUGGGAUUCUUAUUGGUCACUAUGCUGACAAUGUUUCAAUGUGGAUAUUUGCACUUACUGCUGGCUUGUUCAUGUAUGUGGCUCUUGUUGAUAUGGUGCCUGAAAUGCUGCACAAUGAUGCUAGUGAUCAUGGAUGUAGCCGUUGGGGAUAUUUCCUGUUACAGAAUGCUGGAAUCCUGUUAGGUUUUGGGAUUAUGCUGCUUAUUUCUGUGUUUGAACAUAAAAUUGUGUUCAGCAUAAACCUAUAAUUUUGGUUACCUGAUGUUGAAUUGAAGAUUAUAGUAGAUGUGGUUCUGCUUUUUCUAUUAGCUACUGUAAAUGAGCUCUAGGCUUUAUAGACUAGGCAUUCUUUUUAACUGAUGUAUCUUUUUUUCCAGAAGUAAAACUGAAUGGUAUGAACUGUUUACACACAGUGCUCAGUAUUGUAUGAGGUACUAUAGAUAACUGCGCUAGUCAGAGUGCUGCACUGUUACACAUGGUAAAAGUGCCAAAUCCAUAAAGGAGUAUCACUUUUUUUACAAUUUUUAUUUUAAAUUAUUGUUUUGUGAAUUCAUUUACUGCAUGUAAUAAUUGUGAGAUUUUAGCAUCUUGUACUUUUUCCUAAAUGGUGCUUGCUUGUAUAAACAAGUGAAAUGGCCAUGUUCUUAUUGUAGUAUGAAAUGCAAAAAUUGUCUACUUUUUGUAUUUCAUGAAACAGUGAAUACUCUUAACAUAUGGGCAUAGUGAGUAUUGUAAAACAAAAUAUUGGAAGAGAGAAAUGUAAUAAAUGGGGUAGAGCUAUCGGCCAUUAUGGGAGUUACAAAUCAGACACAGCUUAUCCAAAGUGUACCCAAGUUGAGUCAAAAUAUGGAAAUUUCAUGACAAAGCUUGCUGCAAUAAUGAAGCUGGAAGAAAUUGUGUGUGUAAUCUAUGUACAAGAAAAAUGACCAGAACUACAAGCUGAGGCAAAGGGAACAACAAGAAACAUGAACAGCUCUUUUUAGAGAAAUGAUGUAUUUCAUGUGGUGAGAUGUGCUAUCUUAAUAUUUGCAUCUAUAUAAAACCAAACAGAAAAUGGGUGAAAUCUUGGUUCUGUUGAAUCAAUGGCAAGGCCUCAUUGGCUUCAGUGGGGCCAGGAUUUCACCCAUAGAACUUAUCUGAAAAAUGCUGCUUCUGCUGCCCACAGUGUUUGAUCUUGACUUUGUACAUGUCAACGGGAUGUCUCCUUUGUAAUUAUGAAAAUGGUAGUACCCAGGGAAGAUAUGUAAACAUUUUGGGGCAUCUUGUAUACUGCUCGGUAAUUUUGUUUAUCUUAAAUAUUCUGAACUCUCUGACAUAGCACUAAGAAUCUCUCUGCAUUUUUCUUAAAUUAUGUAGCUCAGCAUUUAAGCCCAUACACUUUCAUAUGCAAAGGCAUCUAGAAAGAACAAAGUAAUUCAAAAACUUUGGCUCAGCCAAACCAUGAAAUCAUGCAGUCUUCUCACGGGUGCACAGGAAAUAUGGGAGGUGUGUGUACACGGAACGGGGGUGAUAAUUUGUGGAUACCAGCCCUGCAGAAGGACUUUGCUAGAUUUCUCUUCCGCUUUUUUUCUUCUUAUUACAAGACCAGUAGCUGUUCUUUUUCCCUUUCUAUGUUAUAUGGGAGUUGGAGAACUUGAAUCUGAUCUCCAUGUCACUACGGGCAGCGUUCCAUAGCACAUGCUGCUUAGUGCAGCUCCUGCCCUGCCUGCUUUGUUUAUGCUGCUCAUUAGUGGUGGAUAUUUUGUGUAUUGGAAAGGGGAUGCUCUGUGGAGCUGGAGGGCAUCCUCUGUAGUAGCUUUACCCCUCUGCGGGAUCACUGGUGAUGAAGAUUGCUCUGGGGCUUUCCAUUUGAUCAGUGUGUUCCAGUUCCUUUUAGCUCAUCAUGUUUACACUUUAGACAAAUUUUCUUACUAAACGGUUGUGUGAUGAACAUUAACCCUACCUUCAAAUCUCACUACUGGACAUGCUCACUAGCAUGUGGUGGAAGAAAGGAAGGUUUGGUACAGUCUUAGAUUCUAUCAUAAUUACACCUGAAUAAUGGAGAAAGCUCACUGAGUGCAAAGUCUUUAGUAGAGAUGAUUGGUUUAGUCCAAAUAUGUUCACUUGACAAAACAUUAGUAUUCUCUGUUACCAUUGUCUGUGCAUGCAUCUGGUAUUUGUGUUAUAUCCUUGAAAUGGAAAUUCUGAACCUCAUUAUCCUUGAUCUCCAAGCCAGCUUUGAGGUUUAUCAAAGUAAUAAAGUGGCUAACUACUUCAUUUAAUUUGAAAUUGUCUAUUUAGUGUUGCUGGGUAGAAUCUGGGUUUUAAAUGUGGAACUAAAACUUGCCACACUCAGAGGUUUCAAUGUCUUUCCCAUGGCCCUUUUGGACCUAAGCUAUGUAAUGCAACUUAACAUGAAUUAAUGAGAAUAAAAGGAGAAGAUUCUAA